AUGAUUUGGGCAACAUCCACCCUCGUUCCAUUCCUUUGCAUCACUGCCGUCACCGCAUUACCUGCCAGGUUCGACUUUUACUCAUUUUUCCAUCCGAACCUCAUCAAAGAUUUUCUCCAGAAUACCCAAUUAGCCGGUUGUGUUCUCCCCAGCACAACAACUCUCUCUUCAUCUUCGCUCUCCGCGCCAUCCAGCGGUCUGUCUCUCAAGGCUAUCACCCUCGGACGCGGAACCCAAAAUUAUACCUGCGCCGGGAACACGGCAGCCACAACGCCAGAAGCAACCGGCGCAACAGCGACUCUCUUUGAUACUUCUUGUCUCGUAGCGGCCAACGUGAACGCGGAUAGACAGCCAACCCUCCACUUCCUUCCAGAUAGCCUUAAGACCGUCCCCCUCAGCAACCUGGAUCUGUUCGCUAGCCUUCUAUCGCACUCAUCCGGCCAGAAUAUUGCUGUCGGGAAGCAUUAUUUCACCGCCGACGGAACCCCAUUCUUUGAUCUGCGUGGUUCAGAAAUGUACGGUUCAGGCUGGAUUGCCGCUAAGAAGGAAGACGAAGAGGAUGCACCGGCAAAGCCAGGGUAUGGAAUUACGGGAGAUGUGGCUUGGUUAAAGCUAACGGCGAUUGAGGGGAGUCUCAGUUUUCUGAAGGAGGUAUACCGCAUUCACACAGCUGGCGGAUCGGCGCCUGCUACCUGCGAAGAUAUGCCUGAGGAUUUUACGGUAGACUACGCGGCAGAGUACUGGUUUUAUGGAGACAAUGAAUGA